UUUCAUAAUCCAUCAUCAUUAUCUCUCAGAACACAUCUCUCUCUCUCUCUCUCUCUCCCCCCAAAAUCCCCAAUCUCUCUCUCUCUAGAAAACAAGCCAAAAUGCGUGAAAUUCUUCACAUUCAGGGAGGCCAAUGCGGUAACCAAAUCGGAUCCAAGUUCUGGGAAGUGGUCUGCGAUGAGCACGGCAUCGACCCGACGGGUCGCUACCACGGCGACUCGGAGCUCCAGCUGGAGAGGGUGAAUGUCUACUACAAUGAGGCUAGCUGUGGGCGGUUCGUCCCUCGGGCCGUGCUCAUGGAUCUGGAGCCUGGAACCAUGGACAGCAUCAGAUCCGGACCUUACGGUCAGAUUUUCCGACCCGAUAACUUCGUUUUCGGCCAGUCUGGGGCUGGAAACAACUGGGCCAAAGGCCAUUAUACUGAAGGUGCUGAGUUGAUCGAUUCUGUUCUCGAUGUUGUUCGGAAGGAGGCUGAGAAUUGUGAUUGCUUGCAAGGCUUUCAGGUGUGCCAUUCACUGGGAGGAGGGACAGGGUCUGGAAUGGGGACGCUUUUGAUUUCGAAGAUUAGGGAAGAGUACCCGGAUCGGAUGAUGCUCACUUUCUCCGUGUUUCCAUCUCCAAAGGUCUCUGAUACAGUUGUGGAGCCUUACAAUGCUACAUUGUCUGUUCAUCAGCUUGUGGAGAAUGCUGAUGAGUGCAUGGUUCUUGACAAUGAGGCCUUGUAUGAUAUCUGCUUUCGUACCCUCAAGCUCACCACUCCUAGCUUCGGUGAUCUGAAUCAUCUAAUAUCUGCAACAAUGUCCGGAGUAACAUGCUGCCUAAGAUUCCCUGGCCAACUCAAUUCUGAUCUCCGCAAACUUGCUGUCAACCUCAUUCCUUUCCCUCGCCUUCACUUCUUCAUGGUGGGUUUCGCUCCCCUGACCUCACGUGGAUCCCAGCAGUACCGGUCUUUGACAGUUCCAGAGCUCACCCAACAAAUGUGGGAUUCCAAGAACAUGAUGUGCGCGGCUGACCCAAGACAUGGCCGUUACUUGACAGCCUCAGCUAUGUUCCGCGGAAAGAUGAGCACCAAGGAAGUUGAUGAGCAGAUGCUAAAUGUCCAGAACAAGAACUCUUCCUACUUUGUUGAGUGGAUUCCCAACAAUGUCAAGUCCACUGUAUGUGAUAUCCCUCCCACAGGCCUCAAAAUGGCGUCAACUUUCAUUGGCAACUCAACGUCGAUACAAGAGAUGUUUAGGCGAGUGAGUGAACAAUUUACUGCUAUGUUUAGGAGGAAGGCGUUUUUGCAUUGGUAUACUGGGGAAGGAAUGGAUGAGAUGGAGUUUACUGAGGCAGAGAGCAAUAUGAAUGAUUUGGUGUCAGAGUAUCAGCAGUAUCAAGAUGCAACGGCUGAUGAAGAGGGAGAGUAUGAGGAGGAAGAAGAGGGAGAAUAUCAGGACUAGCAUGUUGAUGGGUGUGGGUUUAUGGGGGACUUUCUGUGUAAUAGUAGCAGUAGCUCACUGUUAACAGUGGUUGUAACCUCAACUUCCAGUUUUUUGCUUUUUUGUUUCAAUUUGUAGGAAGAUAUUGGGUUACUGGGUAUUAAUAUUGUCAUCCUUUUUAAUACUGGGUUAUUAUUUAUUUCUCUGAAAUAUCAUUCUGUUAUGGAGCCCA